AUGUUGUUUCUCUCUCGGCUGGAUACUACUCUCAAGGGUGUCAACAGCUCUCAUGGAUGGGAUCAUUUGCUAUUCUUUGGGAAACGAACAUCAUCGAUGUGCACUACCAUCGUUGACAAUGCCAAGAGGAUGAAGAUGCCCAUGGAUGAAGCAGCAGAGCUGGUGUCAACAUUGCCAAAGCCAAAUUCAAGCAGCAUCACGGUUAAUGACAUUCUUGAUUGGGAUAAGGCGACGAAGAAGAUCCUCAAGGAGACGUCAUGCUAUAAGGGAAUCAAGAAGCGUCUUGCAUUGGAGUCUACUACGAGCAUAACCUUUCAAGUCGCCAUCCGUACUUCGCCUGUGUCACCAUCAGAUUAUGAUUGCUUUGCAUAUGUGGACUUUCGUAUCGCUGAAAAGCUAGUGCAUCAUUUCCUCGACCUCAUCCAAGCACCUGCCAAAUCCUUCAUGAACGCUCCCUUGAACGCACAGCAGCUUGUUCCACCACUAUUUUCCUCAUCAACAUGUUCUUUGUAUCCUGUGAUGACACGCUCAAGCUCAUGUGGUAUGAUUGAGGUUAGCGUUGAGCCGUCUGGCUUUGUCAAAUGGGAUGGCCUUGGUUUGGCCGUUGGUAACGCUUGCCCGGAUGCUUUACCCAUGGUUGCAGAAUUUGCUGGCAGUAUCCACACACUGCUGAAGAAGAACAAUGACCACGCCAAGCUUUUACUCCAUGCCAAAGACAUGGUUGA